CGGGCGGCCCAGGUCGGCGCCGGGCCGCCCCAUGGCUGCGGCCUGGGCCCGGCCCCGGGGCGGCCGCUGCCCUCGGGGCGCGGCCUGGGCGCCGCCCGCUCGGAGCAGCGUUCGGGGGGCGGCCCGGGGCCGGGCGGCGCGGAGCGGCCUCGCGGGGGCCCUCGCUCCCUGCGUGGAGCUCGGCGCAGCGUUGGCGCCUGGGAAGCAUGAAGUGCCCCAGGUGCGGCUUUGUCUCCCAAGACGGUUCUCCCAGGUUCUGCAGCAGCUGCGGGGUCCCGCUGCCUCCCAGGGCCGGCACGGGGCACGAGGAGCCAGAAAGAGGAGAGGUGAAGCCAGCUCCAGUCCCAGAUACAGAUGUGGAGCCUGGAGGAGAGCUGAAGGGAGGAGGUGCUGAUGGGCUGCCUUCCACCACUGAAACAGAGGAGGGAGCACUGGUGCUGGAGAGUGUCAGAGCUCUGAGCAAUACCUCAGAGACCACACCUGAAUGCAUGACAGAUGGUUCCUCUAGAAAGUCCCAGCAGAAGAAAAGGAGGAGGAAUAAAGCAAAAAGGAAUCCUUCUGACUCUGGGGAGCAGAACUCUUUGCCUCCUCUAAGCACAGCCCCAGCUCAAACACCAGAAGUGAUUGAUACACACAUGGUUCCGCAAAGCAGUGAAGUAGCCCAACCUCAUGCUGAUUUACCUGGUGGUAACAGUGAAGGUGCAUGUGAAAAUGAUAGUGUCUUGGGUCACUUGGAAAAGGAGGCUCAAAGUCUGGAUAAGGUUGCAGAAGAUGGUCACAGCAAGGUAGACGUGAGGACCCCAUCAAAGCAGAGCAGCACUGGUAAUGUGGAUGCCCCAUCUACAAGCUCUGCAGCCUCAGAGGAGAAGGUAGGAGGUGGAAGUACUGCAGAGCAUGGAGAGACGGUCAGGAGUAAUGUGGAAGGGGACAGUAGUGCGUCUGACGCUGGCCAGCCUCCAGAAACCAGACCGGAUUCCCAUUCCUUGGGCAGCAGAGACAAACUGGCCUCAAAAGGAGACAGAGCAAGCAUCUCCUCUGGAUUUUCCCCUGAUAUGGGAGCACCUGAAAGUAAGCCUGCAACAUCUUGUGUUGCACAUCAAAGUCAAGAUGUGGAGGCUCCACCUGUGGUCAAAAACUCACAGGCCAAGAAGGGUAAACAGGAGAGCAGCCAGCAAAUGAGCUCUUUGACUUCCAAGAAGGAAAAGGUAAAGGAGAAAACAAAGACCCCAAAAGAGAAAGUACCUGAAGGAAGUGAGAAAACCGUAAAUCAGACCAAAGGGCCAGAGGUUGCUAGAAAGGGCAAUGCUUCAGCUGUUGCCAGCAGUCACAAGGACACAGAGCAACAAAAGAACCAGAAACCUGUGGAUAAGAUUAAACAAAGUUCUGUGAGCCAAAGAGAUGGUGUUACAGUGUAUUUCCAUGCAAUAUUGUCCAAAGACUUCAAGCUAAACCCUGAGAUCCAUAAAGUGUUCAUCAGGGCUGGAGGCAUUUCUGGCUAUGAAGACUGGAAGGACAACAUUUGUGAGCUGAACUGCACCAAGCAUCUAGCAGAACACGGAUACCUCAUUGACGGCUGUGUAACUCUUACAAAAGAAAAUAUGGAUAAAAGCAUUCCUUACAAGUACUGGCUUACGUGUGGUGAAGGGCAAUAUGAGUUUAUUUACAAGCCUUCAUUUGCUGAUACUAUUGUGAAUCGCUGCUUAUUCAUAAGAAGCGACUUGAUCAACGCUGGAGAAUGGCAUCAAUAUGAUGAUAUUGUGUGUGCAAAGCCUUCCAGGAUGAAAAGUGUCUUGAGCAGAAUUUACCGUGAUAAUGGCAAAGAGGUGGUGGAAGGGAAGAUAAUAGCAGCAAAUAUUAUGCUAGAAAAUAUAUUCAGUAUUCUAGAAACCUGGAGUCCUGUCAACCUGCGCAGCUUCCUCUCCCAGUUGACACAAUUUUAUGUUGUAACGAGAGAGCCAUGGGUAUACGAUGACAGGCCAAUGCUAUGGACGGAGUUAAACUUUGGAAAAGAGGUAAAUGACUUGCUGCUGAAAUAUAUGAAGAAAAUAGCUCUUCCUUUCCUUGAUCCAGAAGGUGCAAGUGCGUUACAGAAGGACAUGGUAAUAAAAAGUAAACUAGCUCUGGGGCUGAUCAUUCUGACAGUAGUUGAAGAACUUAACCUGCCAACAUCUAAAGACAAUCUGGCUAGCCUGUGUAGCCUCUUGUGUUUGGAGAAGAUGUCACAAAAUGCUGUAUCGAAUGAAAUUCAGCACACCAAAAAUGCUUUUACAGAGGCUACAAGUUUGACACUUUACCUGACAAACUUGUGCCAAAAAUGCAUUGAUGCCCAAGUAGGCGAAUGGGUAUGGAUUCUCCCUCUUCUGCAUUUCUUUGCUGCUCCUUUGCACAAUGAACACUCUUGGGUGGCAGAAGAUACCUGGGCAGGGCUGGAAGGACUUCCAUUUGCUGAAAUAAGGAAGAAGGAACAUAUGAGGAUCCUACUGCAGCUAAUGAAGGAAAAGAAAUACCUGAUGGAAUUUGACAGGACUCUGGUCAAGUCCUGGAUCUGUGUGCUGCCCCUGGAAAGUCUGGCUGAAUUUAUAACUGACUUAUCCAGUGAUUUGUUAGAUUCUCUUCAAGGUGUUUCUUACAGAUUAGAGGACAUUCGCCUUUCACACACUAAUUCUACGGUAGUAGAAAGUCUUUUAAAGAAACUGCUUUGUAUCUUGGAAGAAAAACAGGCCAGAGCUCUGGAAGUUCACUAUUGGCAGUCCUGCUUGACUCUCUGCCUCAAGCUGCAUAAGACUGUCUGCAAGUACGCAAAGUGGGGGUCAUUGUUCAAGAUUCCUGUCACUUCCACCAAGAUAAUUUCACAGACUGCCAGACUUCAGCCUACAGCAGUUCCAAGAGGUGAAACCACACAGGAAGUUCUAGUGGUACAAAUAUUCCGUGAAGCUCUGACACACACUCGAACCUGGUUCAGAAAUGCUUUAAGCAUGACCUUAUUGAAAGAACAGCAGGAAUCUGUGGUGUUUUCUUUUUUCUGGGAACUUGAGGCCUGGGAUGAAUUUGUGAAGAUCAGCUUUCCAGAUGAACACUUCACUGAGGGGUGGAAGAAGACUUUACUUGCAGACUUGGAUGGAAGAAUUCGUCAGGAGCUUCCAGUUAACCAGAUUUUAGCUGCAUGCUGUCAGCAUGACAAACUUGAAAAUCUGGACUGUUCCAUUGGCCGGUGUUUCAAAAAUUGUGCCAUAGAGGCUGUCACUGCAGCCUGCCAGACUCGGAGCAAUCUCCUUGACUUGAUACCUCCCUACAACAUGGAGAAAUUUGGCUGGCUUGUAUCAACCAUUAUUAUGAAGUCAUGGCCAAGCAAAAAGAGUGGGCAGUCUGAGGAUGAUUUUGAUGAGAUUUUGCACCACUUGCUUACAUGGCCUGACAUAAAACAUAUCUUCAGCUUUAAUGGAAUGAACACAAAGCUCCUAGAACAACUUGCAGAUGAAGCAAAAAGUGUAAUGGCCGUAGCAGACUCUGUGUUUAUGAGUGUCACUAAUGAUAUCCAGGAAGGAUGUAUCCUCGUGAAACAUUUGGAAGAGGUUCUUCAGCAUGAGAAGCAAUUCAUCCUUAUCUGGGAACUAAAGCACAAGCAGCUGUUGCAUGAGGACAGAGAACCACUACAGAAUGAGCUGAAAGAAGUGCUGCGGAGGAGGCGAGAAGAAGUAACACUUAUCAGGAGAGAAAAAAAAGCAAUAGGAACCUUUCUGGGCAUGUGUAGGAAGGUGCAGGCAUCUGUGAAAGUGGUUGUAGCUGAAUUGGAGCUUCAACACUUGGAAGAUCUUUCCUCGAAAAGACUAAACGCAGUUGUGAACGUGGGAGAGACACCUCUGCGGACCUACUACAGCCUGAGCCAAAAGCUAAAAGAAUGUGCACAGAAAAUGUACACUUUUAAAGACAGCCUGAUCUUCCAGCAGUUCUGGGAGGAAGCAGCCCAGGAUACAAGAGAGGAGGAUGAGGAUGAAAUUUCAGAAGAGCAAGAGGUUCCUGCAUUGGGCCUUGAGGAUGUAUUUGACAGUCUGAUCUCCCCAUGUUUUGAGAGCUAUGAAAGGUUAUAUGAUGACCUCAGAUCUGGAAGUCUUACUCUUUCUGCAGUUGAUAGGAUUUUCCAGGAAUUUACAGACCAUUCUGAAGAUAUCAAAACUGAGCUAAAUACCAUAUGUAAACUCAGACCUGGAGAAGAGAGAGACUGGGUAGAUCAGCGACUUCAGCAGAUCCAGCAAUACCAUGAACUGCAUUUAACUUUGGAUGCUGCAAAGAUCAUUGCCAAUGUCAAAGAGAGUUUAAACCUCUCUGGUGACUUCAGUAUCCUGGAAAACUUGCUGGACAUAACAGAAAAGCUUGAAUGUUACAAGACACAAAAGCUGGACUUUAUCAGCACUGAGCUUAUGCAUGCCAAGAGAUUGCUGCAGGGGAUCACUGUGAAACAUCGCACGUGUCUGAGCGAGCUGGCCAAGCAGAAGGAGUUUGUCUGCUGGGUCAGAGAAGCACUGAAAGAUAUAAAUGAGCUGAAGGUAUUUGUAGACUUGGCUUCCAUUUCUGCUGGGGAGAAUGACAUGGACGUGGACCGUGUGGCCUGUUUCCAUGAUGCUGUGCAUGGCUACUCCUCCGUGCUCUACGAGCUGAGGCAAGAGUCAGGGUUCAAUGACUUCAUGCACUGCUUGAGGAAGCUGUGGCGAGCGCUGGACAGCGAUGAGAAUCUUCCCAAGAAACUGCAUGCUUCAGCUCAGCACUUAGAAUGGUUGAAAACAGUGAAAGAGAGCCAUGGCUCUGUGGAAUUGUCAUCACUGUCACUGGCAGCUGCCAUCAACAGCAGAGGAAUAUACACUGUCAGAGCACCGGCUGAUGGCCAAAAGGUUUCUUUGGAUAACGUCCUGCACUUCGCCCUCCCAGGAAGUUCUGCGGAUAGUGAGGCAUUGCGGAGAUACUCUCUGGAGGAGCUCCGUGAACUGCAGAACAAACUGAUGCUCAUGUCAGUAAAGGGAGAGCAAGGCCUGGAGGUGGAGAAGUUCUCAGAGAUAUUUUCCAAUGUCCAAAGACUUGCACAGUCCUUUAUAGACCUUUAUUCAGCUGGGAACAUGCUCUUCCGUUUCUGGCUUGCCCGUGUAUAUUGCUCACCCAAAAGUGAGUCAUGUGUUCUCAUAGACUUUUCCUUGCCACUGAUCCCAGUGCUAGAAGGGCAAAGAGAGGUGGCCACUGUGCUCCCAGGGCUCUGCAGAAAGAUGGAGAGUUUCCUGGAGAGAUGGAAAACCUUCAUGUGUGAAAAGCGAUCCCAGCACUUCUACUUGAACUACUACACUGCUGAGCAGCUGGUCUGUUUGUGCACAGAACUCAAGAAGGUGCAGCCCAGUCAGAAUGCCCUGAUGAUGCUUUCGUUCCUAAAGCACAACUGUACCAAACAGGAUGUCCUUAGAGCCUCCGGGAGCAGGGUGCCCACCAGCUCAAGGAAGGCUAUUUCUGACUUACCAGCUUUGCUGGAUGGGGAGAGGGACCUGACUGCGCAUCUGGAGCGCAUCUGGGAGUGCUACAUGAGCAACAUGAGUUCCUUCCUUCCAAAAUUCCUGGAUGUGGACACCCUUGGCAGGUGGUUGAAAAGUCUGGCCAGGUGGGAGAGACAGCAUGUCACACGAGACUUUCCACAGGAUCUUCUGCAUGUUGGUCAGCCCAACCUCAUCACGUGCCCUCGCUCUGAAGUGCUCACUUCUGCUCUGGCCAUUUACAUGAACAGCCCGUACCAGCCCCUGCCCACUUUUGAUGAAGUUCUCCUGUGCACUCCUCAGACCACUUCUGAGCAAGUAGAGCUUUUCCUCAGGAGGUGCCUCUCUCCUAUCAGCAGAGAAGAGAAAAUUUACACCAUGCUGUAUGCGGAUGAGCUAAGUUACGAUGUCAGCUCCAGGGCAGAGGAGCUGUUCCAGUGCCUGCAGCACUACAACAACAUGUAUCGCCUAGUCAUUCUGUGCAACUGCAACAGGGAACACAGCCACAUCCCGUCUGUCUUCAGCCAGUACAAAGUGCACAUGAUCCCUCAGAGGCCCCUGGCUGAAAUCCAGAGAUACCUUCAGGACCACUACAGGGUCACUCAGCCUUUAAGCUCGGCUGCUUCUGUGUUCAAGGACAACAUGUGUGUUGGGAUUGUGUCUUCCAAGAGAGCUGGAGUGGGAAAAUCUCUCUAUGUGAAGAGACUACAUGAGAGACUGAAAGCGCAGCAGCCUGACUGUACAGAACUUCUGAAAACCAUCAGGCUAAUUGAACCAGAGGUGGAUGAAGAUAAAGUGCUAAAAUCUCUUCUGCCUUUUCUGAAGAGACAACGCCAGCUGAAGCCCAUGAUAUUCCAUUUUGAUAUCACCUCUUCAGUACAAAGUGGAAUUCCAGAGUUUCUGUUCAAGCUAUUGGUUUUGCAGUAUCUGACAGAUAUGAAUGGAAAUAUGUGGCUACGACAGAAAUGCCAUUUGUAUAUCAUUGAAAUCCUUGAGGUAUUGCCAGUGCCAAAGAAAACAGCAAGACAUAUGUCACAGAGCCAAAAGUAUAAUUUCCUUGAUGUGUUCCCUAAAGUAACAUGCAAGUCUCCCAAGGAGGUACUAGAGAUGGAGACACUCGGGAACCGGUCUGGGGAUGUUUCAGACCCAGGAAUGGACGAGGAGGAAUUUUGCAGUGAGGCUUUCCAGAGACCUUUCCAGUAUUUGAAAAGAUUUGACCUUGGGUACAAUCUGGAUACAUUCUUUUAUGAAGCAGACUCUGUGGAAGGGAGCCCAGCAGAGUGCUUACAACAGUUCCUCCUGCACUGCGGGAUCAUAGAUCCCUCCUGGUCCGAGCUGCGAAACUUUGCGUGGUUUCUGAAUGUUCAGCUGAGAGACUGUGAAGCUUCCAUCUUCUGCAAUCCUGACUUUGUCCAGGACACUCUGCAGGGUUUCAAAAACUUUGUUGUUACCUUCAUGAUCUUAAUGGCAAGGGAUUUUGCAACACCAUCCCUAAACAUUUCUGAUCAAAGUUCAGGGAGCCUAUCUUCCGACAUGCAGGACAUUGCAGAAGAUGAUCUUCUUCCUUUCCACAUUCGGAAAAAGUGGGAGUCUGAGCCUCAUCCGUAUUUGUUUUUCAAUGAAGAUCGUGUGUCCAUGACGUUCAUUGGUUUCCACUUCCAGCCCAAUGGCAGUGGUGGUGUUGAUGCCGUUAAUCCUUUGAACGGCAACAUUAUCAAGAGAAAUGUUAUGACUUUACAGUUGUACAAUGGCUUGUUACUCCAAAGAGUUCCCUUCAAUAUUCAGUUUGAUCAGUUGCCCCGAUAUGAGAAGCUAGAGAGGCUUUGCAUGGUUUUGGGAGUCCCCUGGGUAACAGACCCCGAUGAAACGUAUGAACUCACAACAGACAAUGUGCUAAAGAUCCUGGCUAUUGAGAUGCGAUUCAGAUGCAACAUCCCAGUCAUUAUCAUGGGAGAAACAGGCUGUGGGAAAACUAGACUUGUAAAAUUUCUGUGCGAGUUGCGCAGAAGGUAUGCAGAGGCAGAGAACAUAAAGCUUGUAAAAGUUCAUGGAGGUACUACUGCAGAGAUGAUUUAUGCAAGGAUCAAAGAAGCAGAAGCCAUUGCUAAAAUGAAUAAGGAGCAGCACAGGUUGGACACAGUCCUGUUUUUUGAUGAAGCCAACACAACAGAGGCUGUGAGCAGCAUCAAAGAAGUUCUGUGUGACCGCACAGUGCAGGGGCAGCCUUUGGCCUCUUGCUCAGGCUUGCAGAUCAUAGCAGCCUGCAACCCCUAUCGUAAGCACACACCAAAGAUGAUUCAACGCUUGGAAUCCGCUGGGUUGGGCUACCGUGUAAAAGCAGAUGAGACGAAGGACAAGCUUGGCUCCAUUCCCCUGAGACAGCUUGUGUACCGGGUCCAUGCACUCCCACCCAGUAUGAUUCCAUUAGUGUGGGACUUUGGGCAGCUGAACGACUUAACUGAAAAAAUGUACAUACAGCAGAUUGUACAGAGACUUACUGAACAUGUCCCAAUGAGCCAGGCUGAAGCAGAGAUAAUCACAGAAGUGCUUUUUGCUUCUCAGCAAUACAUGAGGCAGAGGGAUGAUGAAUGCAGCUUUGUAAGCCUGCGGGAUGUGGAGCGCUGCAUGGAAGUUUUGAAGUGGUUUCACAAGCGCAGUAAGCUACUGCUGAAAGAGCUGGAGAAGUACCUUGCAGAGAAGGAAGCUCCAAAGAGCAAUGUUGAGAGAAACAACGUUAUCUGGUCCUUAGUUCUGGCAGUUGGGGUCUGCUAUCAUGCAUCCUUGGAAAAGAAGGAGGCAUACAGAAGGGCCAUCAGCCAGGUCCUUCCAGAACCUUAUGAUACACAGAAAAAGAUCUUGGAGGAAAUCUGCCUGAUGCAGGAUUUAUUCCUGAGUGGUGUGCACCUCCAAGACACCAUAGCAAGAAACUUGGCCCUGAAGGAAAAUGUCUUUAUGAUGGUGAUUUGUAUUGAGCUGAGAAUCCCUCUUUUUCUUGUUGGGAAGCCUGGGAGCUCCAAAUCCCUUGCUAAAACCAUUGUGGCUGAUGCUAUGCAGGGCCAAGCUGCUCAUUCAGAUAUGUUCAAGGAGCUGAAGCAAAUUCAUUUGGUGUCCUUUCAGUGCAGCCCUCUCUCCACUCCAGAGGGAAUCAUAGGCACUUUCAAACACUGUGCUCGAUUCCAGGAGGGAAAGAACCUGGAGGAGUAUGUCUCUGUGGUGGUUCUGGAUGAGAUUGGGCUGGCAGAAGACUCUCCCAAAAUGCCCUUGAAAACUUUGCAUCCACUUCUAGAAGAUGGCUGCAUAGAUGAUGUCCCUCUUCCUCACAAAAAGGUUGGCUUCAUUGGGAUUUCCAACUGGGCUUUAGACCCUGCUAAGAUGAAUCGAGGCAUCUUUGUCUCCCGUGGUGACCCCAGCAAAGCAGAGCUCAUAGAAAGUGCAAAGGGGAUUUGUUUUUCAGCACGUGGGGCUUUGCAGAAGGUUGAACAGUACUUUCAUCACUUUGCAGAUGCAUAUGAAAACAUUUGCAAAGCCCAAGACAGGGAGUUCUUUGGUCUGCGUGACUACUACAGCCUCAUAAAGAUGGUUUUUGCCUUGACUAAGACCACCAAAAGGGAGCCGACACCUCAAAACAUAGCUGAGAUUGUUCUUCGCAACUUUAGUGGUAAAGAUGAUGUCAAUCCCUUGAAAAUAUUCACCUCACAGUUACCAGAGAAAAGUGAAAUACUUGCUCACGAUGUCAAUAGCAUUGAGCUGGUGCAACAAAACAUUUAUAGCAGUGGUCAGGACUGUGAAUGCAGGUACCUGCUGGUGUUGACUGAAAAUUAUGCAGCACUGCAGAUUCUCCAGCAGACUAUUUUUACUGCUCGGCAACAACCAGAAAUUAUCUUUGGCUCUAGCUUCCCCAAGGACCAAGAGUACACCCAGAUAUGCAGGAACAUCAACCGUGUGAAGGUCUGCAUGGAAACUGGCCAAAUGGUGGUGCUCCUCAACUUGCAGAACCUUUAUGAAAGCCUCUACGAUGCCCUCAAUCAAUAUUAUGUGUACCUCGCUGGCCAGAAGUAUGUUGAUUUGGGGCUGGGCACCCACCGGGUGAAGUGCCGGGUGCACCCCAAGUUCCGUUUGAUAGUCAUUGAGGAGAAAGACGUGGUGUAUAAGCACUUCCCCAUCCCACUGAUUAACAGGCUGGAAAAGCACUACCUGGAUAUCAACACUGUCUUGAGCAAGGAGCAAAGAGAGACUGUGAAAGAGCUGAAAAAGUGGGUGCAUGACUUCACUGCUGUCAAUACGGAAGAGCACUUCAUGAGCAAGCAGAAAUACAGCCCUUCUGACGUGUUCGUGGGCUACCAUUCUGAUACCUGUGCCUCCCUUGUCCUGCAGACAGUGGAGAGGCUGAAACCAGUGUGUCCUGCUAGCGAACUCAUGCCACGCGUGAAGAGAGGAGCGCAGCUGGCGCUGCUGAACUGUGCCACUCCCGAUUCCGUGAUCCGUCUGUGCAACGCUGUGGGUUUGUUUAUGGCAGAUUCUCUGGCGAAUAUAUAUUUCAAGGAGCAGCAACACACAUCUUUUGCAGAUUUCCUCCGAGCUCACAUCCACAGUGGGUCUGGGUAUCAAACCGUCUUUACAGAGGUCACCACCUUCUCGCGGCUUCUCACCAGCGCUGACUCUACUUGCCUGGAGAGAGAAGUGCAGGGCAAAGCUCAAAGGCCUCAAAUCCUGUCCCUGCAGCAGUUUGACACGGAGUACUCCUUCCUGAAAGGGAUCCGAGAUUUCCUCGAUGCCACGUCAGGAAAUAAAAUCCUUAUUAUUCAGACAGACUUUGAAGAUGGCUCUCAAAAUGCCCAGCUCAUCGCUUCAGCCAAAUACACUGUUGUUAAUGAAAUCAACAAGGUGGACUUGGGAGAAGUCUCUGUCUUUGUUUACUUCAUUAUGAAGCUUUCCCGGAUGGAAGGAGGAACGUCCUACGUGGGAUUCCAUGGAGGACUGUGGCAAUCAGUGCAUAUAGAUGAUCUCCGUAGAUCCAAGGACAUGACCUCCGAUAUGACUGCCCUGAAGAACCUCACCAUCAGCCAGAUGUUCUGUGAGGAUUCAGAUAAAACAAAAGCUCUUCCUGUGAAUGGAGAAGGGCAGGAGAAAACAGAGAUGGAGGUUGAAACACUACUGCCAGAAACAGAGAACUAUGAAGGUGAAAUCCUGGACACCACUGCACUCCUGAGGAGCUGUGUGCAAAGUGCUGUGGGGAUGCUACGGGACCAAAAUGAAGACCUUAGUCGUAGCAGAAGGCGAAUUGAGAUUCUUCUUGGCGUUCUGUCCAAAGAGGAUGACUUGAAAGCCUCUUUCCUGAAGAUAACAAAGAGUCGCCUUUCCACCCUUUUGAAGAAGCAAGAAGAAAAUUCUUUUCACCUAAAAAACUGGUUGCUUCGGGAGGCUUCCAACCUCAGUGCUCUUCAGGAGGCAGGCACCUUCAGGCACACCUUGUGGAAGCGAGUCCAGAACGUGAUCACUCCAUUCCUGGCUCUCCUGAUAGCAAUUGUAGACAGAGAUGGCAAUCUGGAGCUGUUGGUGAGGCCAGCAGCAGAGUGGGUGACAAGGCUGUGGAUGUUCAUCUUCAGGGAUGCAAAACUUCUGACCAUCCCUUACAGCGUGGGUAAGAACAGCUCUGAGACAGAGAUAAUUCUGGUGCAGAGCAACAUGGUGUUUGCUGAUGCUGGGAAUGUGGUGCCCUUCAGCUGGAGGAUAAAGGAGUACUUGGAUGACAUGUGGUUGGAAGCUCAAUACAUUCAAAGCACUGAAGACAAAGGCGAGAAGUUUGUGAAUAUCUUCCAGAGAACUCCACUGGGAAAAUUUAUCUCUGGUCUGACUGAGGAAGAAAGGAACAUGCUCUUCCAGUCCUAUAUCACAGACUUCAUUGUCUUGACCGUUGGUGUGUCCUCUCCAGAAGAGCUACAGUGUCUGCAAAUUGCCUUCUUAUCCUGCAUAGAGGAGUGGAAGGCAACAUCUUCCAGAAGAGAGGAGACAGUGCCAUCCUUGCCCUGGGCUCACCUUGGAUACAAUCAGUUCAAGAGCCGUCUGCAGAACUUUUCUAGGAUCCUGGCUGUACAUCCCACUGUGGUGGACCACCUUGUUGACCAGGAAGGAUAUGGAAUACCACAUUCAGAGAUGGUUUUAGAUGUGUUAGCUGCAAUGGUGUGUGCUGAAAAGUUGGAGAAUCAAGUACAGACAUCCAACCUGGAGAAGUGGCUGCAGGAAGUGAAGAAUCUUCAUAUGCCCAUCGAAUUUCUUUGUAAAGAGGAUUUACAGAGGAGUGGAAGUCGGUGCCAUCAGCUGCUAAAGGAGCUGAAAGUCUGUUGGAACCGGGUGUUCUCUAUGUCUCUGUUUGUGCAACAUGUGCUGUUUGGUAUCAACUCUCUGAUGCCAGGAUUUGAGAACCUACUGAAAAGAUACACUUUGCUUCUUGCCAAGUGUUUUCAGCAGGAUUCAGACAUGAAGAAUCAUACAACUUUUAUUGCAGUGAUGAAAGUACUGUGCCAGUGUAAAGAGGAAGUCAGCAGCAGGCUCUGCAGAUAUGGUGUGAAGCCAUGUCCAAUCUGCCUGGGAGAGCCCAAGGAUCCAGUAUGCCUUCCGUGCUACCAUGUGUUCUGUCUGAAGUGCAUCCGAACAUGGCUAAUACCAGCACAGAUGCAUUGUCCAGUCUGUAAAGUUGCCAUUGAGGAUGCUGAGUUAACUGUCUCCGCGGAGCUCAGUACUGCCAUAGCGAGAAAUGCCCUGUUCCGGCAGAGAUGCAAUAAUUUCUUCAUAGAUGUAGUCACUACCAUGUGUUUCAAGGACAAUGAACCCCCUGAGGCAGCAGUGAUACAAGAGUUGCUUAAUCUGCUGUUUGUUCACGAGGGCCUUUUGAAAGGUUCAGAUCAUCCUGCUGUCUACACAAAAUUUCUGUCCCCGUUUAAUGAUGAGGUGGAUAAAACUCCCAUCAUACGCUCAGUAAUGCUGAAACUCCUCUUGAAGUACAGCUUCAAUGAAGUGAAAAAUGAUGUGCAAGAUUACCUAUUGCGGGUAGAGCAGAGCCAAAUCCUGGAGAAAGAUGAUAAAAAAGAACUCUACUUGCUUUUUGUCAACUGCUUGGAGGAUUCUAUGUGUGAAAAGUCCGAAGGCAGCUUUGGAUAUGAGCAUACAAACUAUCUGCUGGGAGACAGAAGCUUUCCAGAGAACUACCUCCCAAAGAACAACCAAGAAACUCCUCAGGAAUCAUCUGUUGAAUAUCUGGAGGCAGUAGCCAAGGUUCGGCUGUACCUGGAUAUGGCCACAGAGCUGCUUUUUGACUUGCAUGGGCCCACAGAGCCAGACCAUGUAAAGGAGAAGCAGCGUUACCUGGCAAAUGUGAGGACAUUUUGUAGCCUCACCAAGAAUGACUGGCAUCGUGUUUAUCUAGUACGGAAAAUUGCUAAUCAGUAUGGGAUGGAAUUUGCUCAAAAGCUCGUCAUGGAGGCACAGUUUAACUGGGUGUUUCCAGUGGAAAUUCUGCAACAGAUACGGCAUAACCAGUCUAAUCAGAUCGAUCGGUACCUGGCAUGUGGCGAGAACUACAGAGUCCUGCGUGAUGUGGUGGGGAAAGCAAUGAUUAAAUUUAAGAUUGAGGAUCUUCUACAGGCAGAGAAGGCACAUAGCAGCUCCCCACCUGUAAGGUCUGUCCAUCUGCUCCUGGCUAUUUUCAGAGAGGUCACUGCCCUGUAUGGAGUCAGUGACCCAAAUCUUCACCCCAGGCAGCAGCAAAGUGAUGCUAUGACUGAGUUCAUCCAGAACUCCCAAGUCCUGAAUUCUCCAAACCUGAAGCAGUUUGCAACAUCUCUUGUGAAGAACACAUUGCCGUCUCUGCCAGUGAAUCCUCAAAGCUUCAGCCACGAUGGAGCAUUGAUUGAAAUGGCUGUUCAUACCGCAGCUGUCUUGCUGUGUGGGCAGAACCCCAUCCUGCAGCCCCUGAGAAAUCUGGCAUUCUGUCCACACACCAUGGAGCACUCUUUUCUGCCUACAAUGCCUGAAGAUGUGAUGGCUCAGGCAAAGGCCUGGGAAGGAAUGAACACUCUGCGCUGGUAUACAUGUCCGAAUGGCCACCCCUGCACUGUAGGAGAGUGUGGCCGCCCCAUGGAAACGAGCCGCUGUCUUGACUGUGGUGCCUUAGUUGGAGGGCAACAGCAUAAAGCACUGCCUGGCUUUCAAGAAUUCCGGAAUAACAAAGACAGAACUCAAACUGGCCACAUACUUGGAGAUGCACAACGCAGAAAAACAAUGGGAGUGUCUGAUCGGGCCAUGUCUCCAGUUGUCUUCCUUCUCAUACGCUUGCUCACACAUUUGACAAUGUUGCUGGGAGCCACAAAAGAUCCUCAGUCAUUGGAAAGGAUCAUCAAGCCACCGGUGCAGAACUCAGUAAGCUUCCUGCAGCAGCAUAUUUGGGAGGACUUGGCCCAGCUGACAAAAGUUCUGGGGAAGAGUGUGGAUGAGACUAUCAACAUCCUUCAUCUUCUCCUAGCCAGCCUCCUCAAGGACCCCCAUCAGCACCCAGGCCAGUGGCCAGUUCAAUUUGAUGAUGUGCUCUCCACCAAAGAGAAAAGAAACAAAUGGGAAGAAAUUGUUGCAAACACAGUUAUUCUUCCUGAAUUGGAGGGUUUAGAUAAAAAGCUUCUGGAGCUAAAUAAACAAAUUCAGGAGGAUGAGAGAAUUUCUUCCAAUCCAAUAGUGAAAAUAGUAUAUGGUGACCCUACCACUUUCCUGUCCAAACUGCCAAAGGACAGUCACGUACACCACUCCAAGAUGUGGAGCUGCCGAAAGAGGAUUUCAGUGGAGAACCUGGGCCAUGUAGUCCAGCAAAAGAAUGCCAAAGACACUGUUCCUCUCCUGUGGAAGUUUCUGCAGAAGGAAACAGAACUGAGGUUGGUUAAAUCUUUACCAGACAUUCUGGCUCUUCAGAGAGACUUGGUGAGGCGAUUUCAGAACACCGCCCUUGUCAAGCAUUACACGAUCAGAGACUUCCUCAACGAACCCUGCUCAGAUGUGAUGAGGGACCUCUUACAGAGGAGAACAAAUGUGUUUCUGUCUGUUUGGAACAAGCUGAGAAGAUCGCUGGAUACCAACGGGGAAAUUAAGCUUCCUAAAGGCUACUGUGACGCUGAUCUGACCCUGGACAGCAAGCUUGAGGUCCUUCUGCCGCGUCGACAGGGACUGGGCCUCUGCUCCACAGCCUUAGCCAGUUAUCUCAUUAGUCUGCACAAUGACUUUAUCUACUCAGUAAAGAAAUACAUCAAGGAAGACGAUAGGUACUUCGUCAGUCCAUCAGAGGUGGCUGACCUGCACUUGAUUAGUUAUGAGGUUGAGAGGGACCUGAUUCCUCUGAUCUUGUCCAACUGCCAGUACCACAUGGAGAAGGGAGGGGAGACUCUGCAGGACUUUGAUCUGGAGAGGAUCCAGCAGCAAGUCAUCAGCAAGUUCUUGCAGGGGAAGCCACUCAUCACCCUAACGGGAAUACCUACCCUCGUGUACAGAUAUGAUCGGAAUUAUGAACAGCUGUUUAAUGAUGUCAAGAAUAAGCUGGAUCAGAGCUCUCUUCCCAGUUCUGUGAUAAACAUGAUCAGUGGGGAACUGCAGUCCUAUAGCGAUGUCUGUGAUGCUCUGUCUAUCACCGAAAUUACGUUGGGAUUUCUUGCCAUGGCUGGAGAGAACCCUGAAAUGCUUCUGACUGACUACAUCACAGAAAUUCUGCAGAUGGGUGAUCAGACAAAUCCUCAAGUACUGCGGGCCCUUAGCAGAUGCCACCUAAAGCACAACAUAGCCUUAUGGCAACUUCUCUCUACCCGCAAGUCAGAGCAGCUUCUGCGCCUCAAAAGAGAUCCUUUUGAAGACAUCAGCACAGUCUACAAAGCUGAGCUUAGUCCAGAGCUUGCCAAGCUCCUCAACACGUUCCUUGUCCACUCAAGGCUGGAAACCUUCCUGCAGGAGCUCCAUGAAAUGAUCAUCCUGAAGCUGAGGCGUGUCCAAGCUGUGGAUGAAUUCAAACCCACGUGGAGCUUGAAGGAAUCACUCCUUCCUUACCUUGAUGUAAAAGACACGGAGUUAGCUACAGAGUUCGAAGAUAUGUUCCCCGAAGAGAUCCUCCUCUCUCACGCUGUUGCUACCUGGAAAGCAGCUGCUCUCUUCAAAAGAGAACACAGAGAAACUUAAUGGCCCAAAGAAAGCCCAGGCCACUGCAGCAGCAGGGCUGGGUUUAGCUGUGACUGUUGUACUGAUCUUCUCCCCUGUACCCAGGGCUUGUUCGUGGCACAAACACGGUGUCAGGGAGAUUGUGGAAAUUCGGGGAUUGGGGGGGGUGUGUGUGGCUGGUUUGUUUUGCUGCAGCCCCAGAAGUGUGAUGCAUCGUCUCAGUGCUUUUGUGCAUCAGGAGAGGGGAGGAGAACCAGAAGGCAUUUUAAAAAAGCCGGUAUCAAGGAAGAUUUUUUUUUUUUAAGCAUCCUUCCUUAGUGCACUGAAAGCUUCCUUGAACUCUGUUUUCAUCGGUGUUUUGCAAGCUGGCUUUCUCUUAUCUCCUGCCCUUUAACGGAGAUGCGGCCCUGCCCGUCCCCUGCCUCGUUCCUCCGCCGCAGCAACCCAACCGGCGCCCUCCGGAAACCGCCUUGACUCGCCUUAACGCGGCGCCCGGCCCGCCCGGUGUUGCACGUUUCCUCUCAGGGCUGCGCGGCCCGGCCCGGCCCGGCCCGGCCGCCUUUCACGCUGCCUUGCGGAGCGACGCGGGGGCGGCCGGCCGCCCGGGAGGACUUCCCAAUAAAGCCCGUUCUCGCUCCC